AUGCAGAGGAUGACUUUGAUGCUAAAGUUAGAUGCUGCGUUGCGAGCCAUGGAGGCUGAAGAUGAUACAGGUACACUUCAGCAACUGAAAGCGUCUUUGCAAAUGGAAUUGCAAGAGCAGGACAACCUUAUGAGCAGUGGAGGCAAAGAGGAACAGGACGAUGAUGAAGGAUACGGCAGCAGCGACUUCGAGGAGGACGAAGAAAUUGCCAGUGAUAUUUCGGAGGAAAUGGAAUCCAUGCCAGAGCUCUCGGACAAGGAGGACGAAAGUGACGACGGAGCAGCUGUGUCAGCAGCAGCAGAGCCGCCACAAGUGCUUCGAAAUGAUACCCGGGUUGACAGUGAAGAUGCUUUGAACAGCUACGACUACAUUGAAGACGUUGAAAAGGGUGGGUGGUGA